CCCCCUCCCACACACACACACACACACACACACACCCAUCACCAUCAACAAACCCAACUAACCCCCCACCCAGCUCAAUGGAAGCCCACCUACAACUCGCCCUCGCCAACCUCCCCACCAUCUCCUUCGGCACCGGCUCCCUCGUCCGGCUCCCCGGCCCCACAAUCCACCAACCCAACGUCUACCACUUCAACAGCACCACCUACUCGGCCAUCCACUCCGAGCUCGCCACCCAAAACACCCCCCUCUACACGCAGAACGGGCUCCUCAACAUGCUCGGCCGCAACCUCACCAUAAAGUCCUACCCGGAGCGCUUCCAAGACUGGGUGCCCGGGAAACCGCGCCUCGAGCACGCGGGCGACCAGGGCGCGAAGGGGACGGAAUCCGGGGUCGUGGACGUCGUGAUUACGUGUGAGGAGAGGUGCUUUGACGCGGUGCUGGAUGACUUGCACAACAAGGGCGGGAAACUGAAUCGUCCGGUCCAUGUGUUUAAUGUGGACAUUAAAGAUAAUCAUGAGGAGGCGCUGGUGGGCGGCAAGGCGAUUCUGGAUCUGGCGCUUAGUUUGAACGAGGCGGCGGGGAGGGCGAGGGACGAGGCGGGGGAUGGGGGCAGGGCGUGGGAUCAGGGGAACAGGGAGGGGUUCGAUGAGAAGGUGCCGGAUAUAUUGGCAGAGUGGCAGGAGAGGUGGCCGAAUAUGCCGGCGCUUUGGAGUCUGGCGUGGUUUUGAGGAGGGAAGGGGGAGGGGAUGGUGAGAGGGGCGGGAGAACAGAUCUAGAUACCCAGUUUAGUGGAAAGAAGAGAAAAGAUACAUUUAUAAUAAGAAAUCAUCCAGUAGAGCAUUCUAGUCCACACAGCCUGUUCUAGAUUGAGUGAAUUGUAACGUGUGGGACAGAUAAGUCAGAGUGAAUGGAAAGGGUAGUUAGAUGAGACGAGACACGUCUGUCUUG